CCUCCUGCUCCAGGUACCAGUGGUACUACCACAGCUGGUGCAGCACCUGCGCCGUCACCACACAUCCCAUGGUGGGCUCGUCUCGUACUGUUUCUCUGUUGUGCAUCUCCUCUGCACGCCAAUGGUCAUUAAUACACUGCAGCAUCGUCACGUCUUUUGCUUCUUCAUCAUUCUUGUUUCCUCGUCGUGCUACUCGUGCGAUGCAUUAAAAUCAAUAACCACGAAAGCCCGGGACCAGCCCAGGCUCCUCCAUCUAUCGAUAGACAUCUGCAGUACUAUGUAUGUAUCGGCGAGCUGGUUUGAACAAUGCUUAACGUACACCAACCCUUUCCUCGUUCUCGUUGUGUCAGAACUUCGGAGCGAUGUUUUAAACAUCAGCAAUCUGUUCCAGAUGUUUCGUCGGUGGUAAAGCUCGAAGCUUCCGCAACAAUGCACCCAACUUAUAGCGAUGAUACCGCGAACCGAUACGUUUCAAAAAUCAUUGGUUUGCCGUCUCCCAUUCGCACUGCUCCGUUCUUG